GCGUAUUUUUUUCCCUCGUAUUUAUUAGAAAAUCCGCUAGAGGAUGGUCGAGGUGUAUACGGAUUGUUUCUUGUUUAUCGUUUAAUGCGUUUUUAUGCCGUUAAAUAAAUAUGAAAUCGGAAAUGGAAGAAGCAAAAUCCAAGUUAGACAAGGAAAUAUACAACUUGUCUGUAUUAAAAGAAGCUGCGCUGAAAAGCAGUCAGUUAACUAAAGGAAUGUGCAGUAUAUUGACAUCAUUUGACGAACGUUUGAUGAAAUUAGAGCAGACAAUACUUCCGGUCUACCAUGAAACAGGGAAUUUACAAAGAAGACAAAAUAAUAUUGAAAAAACAAUGGAAUAUUUGGAUUAUUACAUCCAGUUUUAUAAUGUUGCAAGAGAAGUUGAACCAAUAAUAAGAGAUGGCCCUAGAGGAUGCUUAACAACAUAUUUAGAAGCUAUGGAAAAAUUAGUGAAAGCCAUUGAAUUUUUUAAAAAGAACAAUCCACAUAAGCGACAAUUGGAACAGCUGGUAAAAAUAUUUAUUUUUCUUUCUUAUGGGUUUUGCGUGGAUUGUGUUUGA